AUGCUUUCAUCUAAUAAUAUCCACACUCCUCGUGCUUCUCAUCCCGUUCAGGAUAGACCUGUCAAGAGGAAGCCUCCCUGUGCCUCCCCGAUCGACUCCGGUGAUGGUUUGGUGGAUGCAAUCAAAAGUUUGACCUCCGAUACCACACUCCCUUCUCAUGUCAAAACAAUCCUUGCCCAUCUUCUCGAAAAAACUGCCUCAAUGGAAGACCUGCAGCAAAAGCUCGAAAAUGAGCGCCUUCGUAGAGAGAUUGAUGUACUGAGAAAUUCCUUAGGUAGUGGUGAUUGUAAUGGUAAUUCUGCAGUCCAGACCUCGUCAACCAAUACUCAAAGUGACAUUAACAUGCAUUGUUGUUCUGAGCAUGAACGCUUAAGUGCGCUGAUCCCAGCGCAAACUGCCAGAGUUUCGUUCGAUUUUGAACACAUUAAGAAGAUUUUCCAUUUUUUGUCGAUUGAAUGUUUUCCGUCCAUGUAUUAUAGAAUGGGAAAGCCUACCGCUAACCGUUCUAGAUUGUUAAAAGUUGUACUCCCAAAUUCUUUUUUCCAGAAGCAGAUUUUGUCUAGGGCAUCAUUGUUGAAACACUUUCCUCUUUCUGGUAUUUAUAUUAGGCCCUCUCUAACUAAAAUUGAAAGAGACCGUCUCCGCUCACUCAGAGCACUCAGAAAUAAACAAACUGGUACUGUGGUUGCUUCUUCAACUCAACCUAUUAUAUCGCCGUCGUCCAUUGAAUCAAAUCAACCUCCUACUUCGAAUGCUAGUGUUUCUCAAUCAACAAAUGAAAUUGUUACUUCUCAAAUCUCGUCAAACCAGUAA